AUGCCUUUCAACUCCAAAUACUACUUCACCCCCAACCUCCUCCACUUUCUCUCUCUAAAAAACUCUCUCUCCGCCUUCCCUCCCCCAAGACUCCUCCUCUCUACGCAUAAUAAGAACCACCCUCUCACUUCCCCACUCUCUCUAUCUCAAUCUGUCCCAGCUAUGGAUUCACAAUCGCCUUGUCGGCUCGUAUUGUGCGGAAAAUCAUCUGCUGAGAAGGAAUUGGCUAAGUCUAUUAAGGACAGUAAGGCUUUGAAACUCCCCGACAAUGCCCAACUCGAGAUUGUUCUGCACUCCGAUACCGAAACCCCCGUUGAGGAGAAUUGUUUCCGGCACGAUUCGUUUUUAAGUUCCCUUUCGACCACUCGGUUCGGAAGGUUCUUGAUUUGGUCUCCGCGGUUGCCGUCAACUCACGACGUGGUUUCGCACAAUUUCUGCGAGCUUCCUGUUGGGACAGUGUGUGUUGCUGAUGUUCAGUUUAAAGGCCGAGGUAGGUCACAGAAUAUGUGGGAAUCUCCAAGGGGUUGCCUUAUGUUUUCCUUUACCAUACAAAUGGAAGAUGGUCGAGUGGUGCCUCUUGUGCAGUAUGUAGUGUGUCUUGCCAUGACAGAGGCAAUAAACGAUGUCUGUCACAAAAAUGGCAUACCUUAUCUUCAUGUUAGAAUAAAGUGGCCCAAUGAUCUGUACUUGAACGGCCUUAAAGUGGGAGGCAUUUUAUGCACAUCAACUUAUAGAUCAAAGAAGUUCAAUGUCAGUGCUGGAAUAGGCUUGAAUAUUGAUAAUGAGCAACCUACAACCUGCUUGAAUGCAGUGCUGCAAAAAUUGACUUCUAUUUCAUACCAACUACAGAGAGAAGAUAUUCUUGCAGCUUUCUUUAACAAAUUUGAGGAUCUUUUUGAUCUUUUCAUUGAUAAAGGGUUUCAACCUCUCGAGCAGCUGUACUAUCAGGCAUGGCUACAUAGUGGGCAGAGAGUAAUUGUACAAGAGAAGGAUGACAAUCAAUUAGUAGAAAAUGUAGUCACUGUUCAGGGUUUAACAUCAUCAGGAUACUUGUUAGCUGUCGGUGAAGGCGGUCAAAUGUGUGAGCUUCAUCCAGAUGGCAAUAGUUUUGACUUCUUCAAAGGCCUAGUCAGGAGGAAAUUGACCUGAAGAAAAUUCAAAGCACCUCAGAGCCAUUUGUUGGAGGCAAUCCUCAUCCACUUCCAUGUGCAAAGCUGGGUUUAUGUAAAUAUUCUCUUGUUCUCAGGUACAUGGUCAAUUUAUUCGCUCCUAUACAUUCCCAGUCAAAUGAGAUCUGGGUCAAACUCAAUUAGUUCUGUCCUUGAUCUAUUCAGAAUAAACCCAUUGAUUAUGGCUAUUAUACAAAUUGUCCUACAAUUGCUGGAAUA